AUGUCGGGUCCUCCCAAGCUCUCGUUCGGGCUGAACAAGACUCAGCUGCCACGACAACCGCCCAAGAAACCCGCCACAGCCAAGCCCAUCUUCGGCGGCGCAGACGACGACGACGAGGCGCCGACCCCUCCUCCCGGCACCGACACCUCCAGGUCGAAGCAGCGACCUGGCGUGUCGACUGCCUCGCUGACCAAAGCGCAGAAGAAGAAGCAGCAGGAGGAGGUCGAGUUGGAUCCGAGCGUUUUCGAGUACGACGAGGUGUACGACAAUAUGAAGGCGGCGGAGCGGGUUGCCAAGGAGGAGCGGAAGAAGGAGUCGAGCGAUAGGAAGCCCAAGUACAUCAACCGCCUCCUCGAGACGGCCGAGUUGCGGAAACAGGACCGCUUGCGGGCAGAAGACAAGAUGAUCCAGAAGGAGCGAGAACGGGAAGGAGACGAGUUUGCGGACAAGGACCAGUUCGUGACGCCGUCGUAUCUCAAGCAGCAGGAGGAGUUGCGGAAGGUGGAGGAGGAAGAGAAGAAGCGUGAGGAAGCGGAGGCGAAGAAGAAGGGACCAGGCGGCAUCUCGACAUUCCUCAAAUCCUACCUCGACUCGACCGAAGCCGCACACGCAGCCGCCGUCGCCGCUACUGCCUCGAACGCCAAGAAGGUCCCUCUCGGCGCACAACUCCCGACAGAGCAGGAAAAGACCGACGCGCAGAUCGCAGCCGAGUACGAAGCGAAGACGGGCAAGAAGGUCGAGAUCAACGACGAGGGCGAGAUUGUCGAUCGCCGGCAACUUAUGUCCGGCGGACUGAAUAUCGUCAAGCCCACAGCUGCGGCGACGGCGGGCUUUGCGGUUCCUAUCUCGGCUCGACCACCGCCGAAGAGGGACGACGACGACAGCAAGGACUCGCUCCUCCACCCGGGGAUGUCGGCUGCCGAACGAGCUCGACAGUCUCGGGAGCGCAUGUCUCGCGAGAUCGAGCGGCAGAUGCUUGCGCUCGAGGAGAAGCGCAAGCGAGAGGCGGAGGAACAGCUCGAGCAGAAGGUGCAGAAGGUUGCGAAGCGGAACGACGACGACCGCGUCGCGCAGCUCAAAGCUGCAGCGGAAGAACGGCGGAAGAAGAGGGCGGAAGAGGCUGCACGAGCCAAGACGGAGGCAGGAGAAGCAUGA